AUGUACCCAAUGAGCUUCAGCGCACGUCCGAUGUGCGCUGACGGAGGAAAAAUAUACAAGUUCAUUAGCGCGAGAUCACCCAACCUAAGUGGCACAAUGGCCAGUGAUGUUUGUAGCCACGUGAAGGUGGUUGUGCGAGUGAGGCCGGAAAAUGAGAACGAGAAGAAUGAGAACCUCCACAAUGUUGUCCAAGUUGUGGAUAAUCACAUGCUCAUAUUUGAUCCCAAGAAACGGGACAUAUUGUGUUUUGGGUCUCAAAGAUUACGAAACAGAAACGUCAACAAGAGGCCAAACAAAGACCUCAAGUUUGUUUUUGACCAUGUCUUUGGAGAAAAUUCAACUCAAGCAGACAUUUUUGAAAACACAACAAAGGCCAUUAUUGAUGGAGUCAUGAAUGGAUUUAACUGCACAGUGUUUGCUUAUGGGGCAACUGGAGCUGGGAAGACUCAUACCAUGUUAGGAUCACAGAAUAACCCUGGGGUUAUGUAUCGCACAAUGAAAGAAUUAUUCAAACGGAUGGAUGAGGCCAAGGAGGAAAAAGAGUUUGCUGUUGCUUUUUCAUAUCUUGAGGUUUAUAAUGAGCAAAUCAGAGAUUUGCUGUCAAACACAGGUCCUCUGGCCGUGCGAGAAGAUGGACAGAAAGGAGUGGUAGUGAAAAACCUCACUUUACAUCAGCCUAAAUCUGCAGAGCACAUUCUUGAGGCGUUGGAUUCGGGCAACCGAAAGAGGACACAGCACCCCACAGACAUGAAUGCAACCUCCUCCCGCUCCCACGCUGUGUUUCAGAUUUAUUUGAGGCAACAGGACAAAACUGCCACCCUCAAUCCAAAUGCGUGCAUCGCCAAAAUGAGCCUGAUUGACUUGGCAGGGUCAGAGAGAGCCAGCCACACAAAUGCCAAAGGGGCACGUUUACGGGAAGGUGCAAACAUAAACCGCUCUCUUCUCGCCCUUGGAAAUGUUAUCAAUGCACUAGCUGACCCUAAGAGCAAGAAAGCACACAUCCCAUAUAGAGACAGUAAGCUGACUAGGAUCCUCAAAGACUCUUUGGGUGGCAACUGUCGAACUGUUAUGAUUGCUAAUAUCAGUCCUUCCUCCAAAUCCUAUGACGACACCCACAAUACGCUCAAGUACGCCAACAGGGCCAAGGAGAUCAAGUCUACGCUCAAGAGCAAUGUUGUGAGUCUGGACAGUCACAUUAGCCAGUAUGCAGUGGUCUGUGAGAGGCAACGGCUUGAGAUUCAGCAGUUGAAGCUUAAACUCAAGGAGUAUGAGGAAAGAAAUGUCUCUCCUGGGGAAGUACAAGUGGACAACUUACCGAAGCAAGCAGAGUUUAAAAGAGUAUCUGAGGCUCUGCAGCGGAUCUUCUCAAGUCGCGCUCAGAUCAGGAAGGAGGAGCUGGAGCUGGAGAGGCAGCUGAAGGAGAACGAGCUCCGACAGCGCUACUGUGAGGAGGACCAACUGCAGGUCCAGUACCUCUGUGCCAAAGAGAAGACGGAGAAGGCCACUUGUAAGUUUGAGCGCAAGAUUGCCAGCCUGCGCACCCAGCAGCAGCACAUUUGCAAACGCUUGAAGGAGACAAAGACACGCUUUUUGGACAAUGACGGAUGUCUGCACCGCAUCGAAAAUGAAAUGAAAUUGUUAAAGACAAAUAGUCACUUCUCAGAAGUGUUGGAGAAGGAGCUGCACUGCCACAGACUGGAGUUGCAAGUGAACGAUCUGAAACAACACAUUAAGCAGAUGGUUGAGCUCACAACAGUGCAAGACCAGGAGAACAAGCGGAUGCAAAAAAUGAUGAACAUUCUCCUGCCUGCUUACAGCCGCCAUCACUCCUCCCUGUGUGAGGCAGGCUUUAGCACAAAAACAGACCAAGACGAGAGCGCUGAGUUGGAGCACUUGGCCCUAAGGGAGAGGGCCGUCGUUUGGGCAGAUCAGGGGGGGGCAGAACUAACCCUGAAGCUCGAAGGAAACGGGGGGAAAUCGAAAGUGAUCAAUAAAACUGAAGCUGUGGAUCUCCGCAGUGAACUGGCACCUUUCCUGUCUUUCUCACACCUGCAUUACCACCAGAGCAGCCCCUGCAGUUCCAAUACCAGUUUAAAGGGACCCUCACUGUGUCACGUUGCUUCCUCACUGAAAGGACAAGAACUCCAAACAGACACCAAGCAGGCUGGCCCCUCCAAAGCACCCACCAGAAGAAACUUGUCUGCAGCUAUGGCCCCUGAGACCCCCAGGAGCUCUGUUCUGCCCCUGGUGUGGGACGAUGGGGUAGUUCCCCUGCAGCACACCCCUGAGCACACGCAGAAAACAGUCCCGGCCGCGAGCUUAGAUCCUAACACCACGUUUGAGGUCCUGGAACAAGAGGAUCAAACAAACGCAACCAUCAUCCUGGGCCAGAGCAGCAGUCCAACUCCAGAGCCUCAGCCUGCGUCUCUCUGGGGUCAAAGCCAGCCCCCGAAAGGCAACAUGAACAAGAGACCGCCAAUGCUGUCGUUACAAGACCUGCGACGUACAAAACCCAAGUACAUGGAGAUGACAUCUGCUGCACAAGGGAAACGCAAAUUACACAAUGUGAUCAAAGAGGACUCCUUACAGGGGAGCACUGCAAAACGAAUCAAGAGAGAGAUUUCUGCAACGCACAAGCCACUCAGGGUGCAUCGGACGAACGGUUCAGAGGAGAACAAGCCUCAGAGAGUCGUCAGGAGCAUUUCUGAAGGAAACCUCCACCUCCUUGAACCUCAGAAACCCAGAUCUAUUUUCUAUAAAACCACACAAAAGUUCAGGCAGGUGACCAAGCGGAUGUGA